AUGGUCUCGGAUAGUGUGGAUGAAUGGGCGAGACGUAGUGGAGUUGGUCGAGUUCUAGGACGUUUGGCAGAUCAUGUAGAAGCCAAGGAUGCAAUGCAAUUCAUCAAAUUGGUUGUUCCACAAGGGCUUGCUGACCGUCAUGCUGAUUGUAGAAACGGGAUGCGAGAUGCGGCCGUAGAAGUAAUUCGAAAGCACGGUCGAGCUGUCAUGAAUGAGUUACUGCCAUUCUUAGAACAGCUAUCGGAUUCCACACCAAGCGGAGGAGAGCACGACAACUUGAGACAAGGGAUUGGUGUCCGUGACAUUGUAGCUCGACUGAUGGAAGCACUCUCCACCCCCAGUCAACCGGUUCAAGAAUCAGUGUCGAGAUGUCUUUCACCAUUGGUUCCGGCGAUUCGAGACACAGUGAAGACGUUGAUACAAAAACUGCAAUGGCUGUUGUUCGAAGCUGAUUCUUAUGGUGAACGUCGUGGCGCUGCCUACGGCAUAGCUGGAAUUGUCAAAGGAAUGGGUGUGUCUUCACUCAAG